AUGCGUACUCAUCGUCUCUUGUGCAAUAAGAAUUCGUCCAUUAAUUACGUAAAGCUUUUUUUAUUUGGGGAGGGGGGUACAGAAAAUAUUAUGAGUCAAAAGCAUUUCCUACGUGAUAAAGUCAACAGCCAAAUAAAGAAGGACAUAAAUAUAAAAACCAAUAUAAGUUUACUCGCCAAUCGAAGUGAAUAAAUCUAUACAACUUUCGCAAAAUAUUGAAUUCUUGUAACACAGACACAAGUUUCAGUUCUUCGUGCUUGUAAUGGCACUGGUGUCUCAGUCAAAAUCUAUACUAAAAAUAGUAAAACUAAGUAUACUAAUUACAACUAUGACUAGUAAAAAUAAGUGCAUCGUCAAUCAGUCCUGUAAAAUAGGAACCUCAAAGAACAUGAAUGUAUGAACGCACAAAAAAAACUCAGGGCUCAAUAUUAGAUCUUGGUACCUAUGAGGAAUAAGAGAGAGGGAGGCGAUAUCCCGCUCCACAAGCCUAACUAGUGAUGAAGAACGCUCAACUAUGUAUCUGUCAGUUAUGGGUGCUAGGAGUGCUUUUGUCAGUAGCAGCAAUUGAAGCCGCCCCAAUUGCCAGGGUUUAUCUAAAGUUUAUAUCUGAACCUCACUCAUAUGAACAUGGAUAUACAACAAGUGGAGGAACCACAAUAGCUCAAAAAUCAUACCUAUCAAUAGGAAUAAGACGACCGAGAAAUUUCGGAGAUAGAAUUCAAAUCAAUGAUGCCCGACAAAAUUAUUUGGACGUAGAAGAGCGUCCUCGAAACGUACGACCUGAAAAUGCUGAAUUUUUAAUUCCACGAGGAGUUUUUGUUCCACCUAUCAGUUUAAAUGAUCUUGGAUACAGUUCCGAAGAAUCUGGUCACAGGACUCCAGAUUUUUCGGAUGGAACUCAAUAUGCUGAUUCUUUUCUUCUUACUGGGGAAGAAGCAAAAUAUGCAGUGAGAUAUAUUUAUGGACGCGGUGAACUUUUUUUCACGGAUUAUCCACAUGUACGAUCUUUGCUCAGAAAUCAAGAUGAAAGAAGACAAAACGGUUUGCCUAGAAAUAUUCUCAGCAGUUUGAGGCCGGAUUCUCCCUUUUAUAGAAAGUUUAUGAAUUAAAAAGGAUAAGGUUAAUGAAAGAAUAAACAAAAAAUGAGAACUUUCAUAAUCUCCUGUAAUGUGUGAAUUUUCAUCAGGUGAACCAGAAACAGAAAAAUAUUUUUUUAAGGCAUGUGACACACUCAGGUCCAUAUAUUACCGACCUAACUUUUUCAGUUCACUGCAUUUUUUUGAACUUAUGAACUAUUUUUUGUAAAUAAAAUAUUGGAAUAAAAUUUUGGAAUAAAAUUUUGGAAAAUGUAUCAGAAGACUAUGAAGUACGUUUAUGUACUUUAUUUGAGUAGGAAUUUCGAUAAAAAUUAUUUUCAAAGAAAUGAACUGGAACCGUUUUUUGACAGAAGCUUGAAAUUUUUAAACCUAAGAACUAUUUUUACAUUUCAAAUAUCUGCGAGACGUAAAGAAAACGUACAUAAACGUAAUGUACUGUCGGCUCUUGCAUUUCUCGAAGUGUACAGUCGAAAGUCUUAAGUUCAAAGAGAAUUCAGCCCUUAAAACCGAUUUCUAUUCAAAAAGUUUAGAAUUUUUAUCUAACAAAAAUUAUUUUCUGACCUACUGUCGAUGCUGCAGAUAUAUUCUGGUAAUAAGAAUUCUGCUCAUCGCCUUUGUAAGAGAUACAGUCGAUAAUACAGAUUUCUUGAAAUACACAUGGUAAUAUAUAAUUCUGUUCAUAGACUUCACCGAGGUUGAUGCAAAAUCCACCAGGCUGUAUAUAUCUGUUUUUUUUUUACUUUUUUCAAAUUAAGUGAAAUUUUGUUGUACAGAAAAUUUGUACCA